UCUGCUCGGCUCUCUCUCCCCUCUCUACCACACAUAUACAUCAGUAUGUCUUUAGCACGGGUAGCGCGAUACAGUCAGCGAGCGGAGAAGGAGCCUGUUUAGUAUUCCGAGCACAGGGGAAAGAGAGGGAGGGAGGGGAGAGUGAAAUAGAAAGAACAAACGAGGGUGAGAAGACAGAAAACACAUUCCAAGACAAGAAAAUAGGAAAGAAUGAGAGGGGAGCGGAGAGAUACCAUAUUGUUCAUUUCUCCCUCUCAGUCUACCCCUCCGCCGUAUCCUUCCAUCCCAGGUGAUGGAGCCAUUUAUAAGACAUUCUAUGAAUCUAGGUUGGAGGAAAACCAGGAAAACUACUGCAUUCCAUUGAAUCCGCUUGGAACUACAUUACCCAGAGCUAAACUGGGCUCUAAAUGCUGUUAGAGCUAUCCCUAUCUCUGUGACAUUAGAAAAAGAAGAACACAAACUAGUAUAAGGUUAUGAAUUUGUUGGAAUCAUAACCAAGUGUUGUUCAGCUGUAUCUUGGUGGAGAAGACAUUUCAAACAUGACAGGGACUCCUAGACUUUACAAACAACUCUAAUACAGGAAAAGCCAAAGGGGUGGGUUUGGCUCACACAUUUAUGGGCGUGUCAGUCAUAGACUCCGCCUAAGUAGACAGCGCCUGACAGAGCCCCUCCCCUUAUUCCUGGAUUGGUCCAAUCUCCACUGGCCCCACCCAUUUCUCCAGACCCUCCAAGGAACGUGGCCGGAUCGAACCUCUUCUCACCCAGGUGCCGUCCGUUUGGUGAGGGCGGCGAGGGCUGUGCUGUGAUUGGUUGACUGCGGGUGGGAGUGCAAUGCGGAUUGGAGGAUGUCGGGGGACUGGGAUGAAGACCACCUGUGUAAGAAGGCCCUCACUCUGGUGGAGGAGUUGUGCUUACACUCCUCAGCGAAGGACAGCCAUGAAGCCAGCUGCCGAGACUUCGUCUACAUGAUGAGGGGACAGCAGCACGAAACAGAGAUCUCUGUCAGCCUGUUGUCGGUGAUCGUGACGUUCUGCGGGAUUGUCCUUCUCUCAGUCUCUCUCUUUGUCUCCUGGAAGCUCUGUUGGUUGCCAUGGCGAGACAAGGAGGGUGGGGGCCUGAGCUUGACAUCGGGGCUGAUGCCCGGGGGCGUGGGUGGGAUGGGCGGCAGUGGGGGGGCCUCCCUCCUACCUCCUGUCAUGCAGAGGAAGGCGUCCCACUCCUCACUCUACCCCUCCCUGGCACAGCCCCAGCAGCAUCACCCACACUUCUCUGACCUGGUGGGGGUGGAGAGUGGCCAGGGGGUGGGGGGCGUGGUGGGAGGCCCGGAACAGACCCAGGAACACUCCUACCUGGACAUGGACUCCUACCCCAACAACGCUGGGAAUCUUAAAUUGAGCCAGACGUCUCCAGAGUUGCCCCCCACCACUGAGGGGGGAGCCGCCCCACCCCACAAAGACAUGCCCAACGCCCACUCCCAGCAGCAGGUCACUGCACGGCCCAAGCCCAUGACUCACCAGUUGUCCAGCCCUGAUUUCCAUGGUGAGGAGAAGAGCGAGCAGGUGACCAGCAUUGGCCAAAUCAAACCAGAACUCUACAGACUGCGUGGGGGCGACCAGGGGGAAGGGAAAACGGGGGACAAUUGCGGCAAGAUCAGCUUCCUCCUGCGCUACGCCUUCAAUACAGAGCAGCUAGUGGUGAAGAUCCUGAAGGCUGUAGACCUGGCUGCCAAGGACGCCAACGGCUUCUCAGACCCGUACGUCAAGAUCUACCUACUGCCAGACAGGAAGAAGAAGUUCCAGACCAAGGUCCACAGAAAGACCCUAAACCCUAUCUUCAACGAGACGUUCCAGUUCGGUGUCCCCCUGGCAGAGCUGCACUCCCGGAAGCUACACUUCUCUGUCUACGACUUUGACCGCUUCUCCAGACACGACCUGAUUGGCCAGGUGGUUGUGGACAACCUUCUGGACUUCAGCGAGGGCACAGGGGAAAAGCCUGUCUGGAGGGACAUCGUGGAGGGCACUGCGGAGAAGGCUGACCUGGGGGAGCUGAACUUCUCUCUGUGUUACCUGCCCACGGCAGGUCGGCUCACCGCCACCGUCAUCAAGGCCACCAACCUCAAAGCCAUGGACCUCACCGGCUUCUCAGACCCGUACGUGAAGGCUUCUCUGAUAUGUGACGGCCGCAGGCUAAAGAAGAGGAAGACAUCCAUUAAGAAGAAUACUUUGAACCCCACCUACAACGAGGCUCUGGUCUUUGACAUCCCUCAUGAGGACAUCGACAGGGUGUCCAUCAUCAUCGCUGUCAUGGACUAUGACUGUAUUGGUCAUAAUGAGGUCAUAGGAAUGUGUCGUGUGGGCAGUGACGCUGAGGGUCCUGGGAGGGAGCACUGGACAGCCAUGCUGGCCAACCCCCGCAAACCCAUAGACCACUGGCACCAGCUCGUCGAGGAAAAACUUGUGGCCUCAUUUGUGUCAAAGAGUCCCGCAGUCUCUCCCAAGCCUCACAUCGUGGUGGACAGUCCUCACUCUGAGUAGAACUGUUAUUAUCAUCUUUCCAGUUCUAGACUUUCCUUUCUUUCUGCUCAUCUGUGAAUAAUUCUCUCCAUCAAACAAAGAGAGAUAAGGAGACACAUCGACUGCUACUGCUGUUCUACUGCUACUGCUGAAUAUUCCAACUCCUGUCCUGUCGCAACAAAGCACAGGAAACAGAUUCUACAUUCUAUACAAGCAACCCUUAGAACGCUGAGACACACACGCACACACACACACACACACACACACACACACACACACACACACACACACACACACACACACACACACACACAGUGCUUCAGGUUAGUGCCAGUAAUUCAUCCAGGAGGAGUGUGAUGAUGCACAUUUCUUCCUCCAAUCAAACCUGGGCCUAAGGUUUCUGCACUGUGUGGACUUCAAAAGACAAACCGUGUCAAUGCUUUACUUUAGGCCAUUAGUAUACAAGUGUAGGAGUUAGGAAACAUCCAUGUAGUGUUUUCAGCAGGACAAACAUCAGUUGUGGAGACUCUAGUCUAGUCCAUUGGAUCUGGAUCUGGGCUUUUCUGGCUUCUUUUAGCUGGAGGAAGGAACCUUUGCCGGUCGUUAUUAUUGAUGUCAGGGGAGGGAGAAAUGUGGAUGAACCCAUCUGCUGAAGCAUGUUACGUAAACUUGAAAUGUGUCCCUUCGCCUCAUUAUUUUGUCACCUUCUUCAUGGUGCUCAUUAAUGUGAAUUUGCUUUUAUUUUUCUAUUUGUUUGGUUUUGGGGGUUUGUGUAAUAUAAUCAUCCAGAAAGGAAUUUAUCCAUACCAUUUUUUUACAAUCCACUAAGGAUGAGACCGUGAGUACUUGAAGACCUGAACUAUUUGAGCGCCUUGGGAUGUUACAGGAAUAGUGUUCCACUGUUUGGACAUACUGGCAGACUUUAUCCCAGAGGACUCUACAGGGGAACUGUGAUGAGGACGGACCUGCUCAGCUUGGAGUGCACUUACUGGAAAUGUAUCCCACAGGGAAGGAUUUCACCAUUAUAUCGAAUUUUUCUAUCAUUCCAAGAUUUUGUUUUUCAGAAAGACAUUAUUUAAUUUGAAAAGAUAAAAAUUGUCUGCAGUCCAUCAUGUCUCCGACUGGACGACAGUGUUAGAAGGACACACACAUUUGUGUUGCUUUGAUUUGUGUGUAUUUCUGUGUUUGUGUGUGUUUUGUAUUUGUGUGCGUCUGUGUGUGUGUAUGCCUGUAUGUCUGUGUGUGUGUCACUGUGACCUUCUGUGUGACACGUUUCUGUGCUCAUGCCGUCCCUAUCUUCUACCAGUCCCGCGGCCCCACACCAUUCCUAGCAUCCACAGACUGAAACUCCUGUCUUUGAACAAAAUGUGUCUUCUGUCCUGUGUGUCUUAGAGGAACCAUUUUUGUGUAGGACCCAUUGCACUAGGUGGGGAGUGGGAUACUUAUGAUCCCUGAUGAACAGUCGGACUCUCACAGAGAUUAGAGUGUAUUGUCUGUGUUGUUUCCCAGAUCAGCUGUCAGUCACUCAAAAGUGCCCCCCUGCCUGAUCUAAGUAACUGUGUUGGUUGUGUACUUCUUUUAGUAAAUGUGUACUGUGUCUGAGGGGAAACCAGUUGGCACCGUGAUGUUAGAUACGUUUUGAUUACUUGAGGUAGAAUUUUGGGGCUGAGUAAUGACUCCUUUAUGUCCCCUAGCAGUCCCUCCAAACGGGGAGACAGAGAGGAGGAACCAUGUCCUUUAUCUUUAGUGAAAUACGACGACCCCCUGUUUACGCUCUGCACUUCCUCUUUAAGCACCAUGUGGCUACUGCCAUGAGAGAACCAUGUCUACCACCACUUCUGCUACUAUAACCUCAACUAACAGUUAGCACUACUAAUGCUAUGGCUGCCAUUUCCCCUUAAACGCAUUCAGGGGGAUGCAGUUACUAUUACAACUUCAGGCCAAGGAAGUGCAGGGAUGCUUACUGGUAUGCUUGGUAUGUACACAGAUUAAAGCCGUAUAUCCCAUAUCAUAGCCAGAAGUUUUCCAUCUGGAACUGUAUGUCAGCUCAGGUUGUUCUGGGAGGUCAUUGAUCUGCCUGUAUAAGUAGAUACUAUAGUAUUGAUCCAUUGGCCUAUCCCCAGGCUCUGUCUCCAUCCCUCACAGUCCACAUGAUUCUCUGCCCCAUAACACUGUGGUGUUAGCACUCACUCAGCACUGGAGGUUGCUAGUGUGCUCUCAGUAUUACCCUCCACCUCUCUCACUCUCUCUAAAUAUACAUUUAUCUUGCCCCUUUUUCUCUUUCUAUACCUGUCUUUCUCUCUCUCUUUUUCUCUGUCUCUCUCUCUCUCUCUAAAUAUACCUUUCUCUUUCCCCUUUUUCUCUUUCUAUACCUGUCUUUCUCUCUCUCUUUUUCUCUGUCUCUCUCUCUCUCUCUAAAUAUACCUUUCUCUUUCCCCUUUAUCUCUUUCUAUACCUGCCUCUCGCUCUCUUUGAUUGCUUGUUCUCCCACUCUAUUUCUGACAACUCCCUUUUCCCCACUUCCCUCUCUCUCCACACAGCCAUUCACCCCCUCUCUCCGCCUCCCUCCAUCUUGCCCGCUCUCUCUGUGUGUAGGACUCCUCUCUCCUCUGUCUCUCUGUGUUAGUGCAGUUCUGAAUGGACAUGGGGAAACGUGUGUGCAUGCUUAUAUUAACAUGAAUGAUGUCAACUUGAUGCAAUGAAAAUUAAAUAAGUGAUGCUUUAAGCAAAACCUGACAAUGAACUUGAUAUUAAUACUACUAAUGACGAAAAUGGAGACCUAGCAAUCGUUAUCUCUGUAAUCAAAACAAUGAUGAUAAAUAACAUUGGUUAUCCUGUAUAUCUUCAUUAAAUAGUUAUUCCUGAUUUAAUUUUUGAUUCUUUAAAAAAUAUAUAAUUUCUUUUUUAUAUGGGUUAAACGGAUAAAUAGACAUUUGAACAGAAGUGAGACAUUCAGUCAGGAUGCUUGUUUCAGCCAGAGAACUAGGGGGAGGAGGGUGAAGAGGAAGAUGAUGUAGGUGAACGUGUGGGAGAUGGUGUGGCUGAAGCAAUGAUCAUGGAAAUAAAGGAUAUGUAUCAUCCAGCCUCA